UCAUCUCUGUCAUGCAACAGAUGCAUUCAUUGCACUAUUCUUGACAUUUAUUAUUUGAAAAUAUUCAAAUUAUUACUUACUUCUGCUGAUUUUGAUUAUUUCUCGCUUCUCGCAGAUACUGAACUGUAGACGCCAGAUUACUUGACUGGCACUUGUAAAAUAUGCAAGGAUUUAGCCCGCACGUUUUUCAGGACACAGUUUAUAUAAUUGACCAAAAAAUAAAAGAUUUUAGAGCUCUAAACGCUCUAAAUAACAAUUUAAUAAUCAGGUCGCACUAAAUUUGCUGAACUGUAAUAGAAACUCUAUAGUUCAGUUUUCAUCUGCCAAGAAAUGGAGUUCGUCGGAGAAGAAAGUGACGAGGAAUUUUUGAACAAUCACCUUGUUCAACCAAAUGACCCUAUGGAGGAAUCGGACGAUGGCAUCAGUUCUGAGAGCUCCGACGAUAGUGAUUAUGAAACUGCUGACGAGGAAACAAUAGCAAGUAACAACAAAUACCAAAGAUAUGUUUGCGAAUCUUCGCGUGUUGUACCUAGAUUUAAUGAUUUGACUCCAGCAUGUGUAACGGUAUCCUGUUACAUGAUAUUUAACAAUGCACAACGCAAAAUAUCGAAAUAUUGCGUAUUUUGUGCUAUAACGUUACGAAAUGCUUUACAUAUCGACAACUUAACAAGUUGUAUGAAGCAUUACGUUACGAAUGCGCGACGUUUUGAUGAGUCUGAUGCACAGUGCGAAAAAUGCAGAGCGAGGCUGUGGAUCACUAUUCCAUGCAAAGCAUGCUUGGUAUGCUAUCCUCAAAAUAAGUAACCCAAUAAGGAGUGAAUGGAACAGGAUUACAUUAUUUUCAAUCUCUCCAAUUUCGUCUGUAUCAGAAACAAAAUUGCACUAAAUUCGAAGGAAAAAAACUCACGUAUGAACUGGAUUUUAGUUUGACAAAAACUUUAGUCUAAAAAAUCCAAUCAGGGAUAAAGAAAUGGAAGUUCUUUUUGAAGAUAUAGAAUCAUUCCUGUUCAAAUGUAGCAUCUCAUUAUGAAUUUUAAGCAUUUCGCAGAUGGUUUCACCUCUAACAAUGAUUUUUCUAAAAGUUCUAUACCAAUCUUGUAUUUUGUGAAAACCUUUGGAAGAAAUGUAAAUGAAUUUUUGAUAUGGUAUCGAAAUUGUAGAUAUUUUUGAUUCGUUAAGGGGCCGUG